AUGACCGAUAACAGCUCACAGCCACUCUUGCACCACCAGCACCCAUACGGUAUUCCCGGUGCAACAAGCUCAGCUCAACAGCAACCACCACCAUCGUCAUUCGGCCAUGCACCAUUCGACUAUGAUCCACAGCAAGAUCAGCAACAGCAAACACAACAGCAACAGCAAGCUCGGCAGCAAUUUUCUCCCUAUUCACUGUCGGCCAUGAUGGGAACUUCUCCACCGCAAGCUCCUCCACAACCAUUGGCUGCCACAACCAUGGCAACGGGUGUUCCACCCCAACUACCACCAUCUACAGCUAUACAACAGCAACAACACCAAGAACCUAUUGUAGCAGCAGGAGCAGCAGGAGGAGCGGGAGAAGAACCAUUGUAUGUCAAUGCUAAACAAUAUCAUCGCAUCCUCAAACGACGAGCAGCACGUGCAAGACUUGAAGAAAUGAAUCGUAAUGCAAAGGCACGUAAACCAUACCUGCAUGAAAGUAGACAUCGACAUGCGAUGCGUCGUCCUCGUGGACCUGGUGGUCGAUUUCUUACUGCUGCUGAAGUGGCCGAAUUAGAAAAACAAGGCAAACUUCCACCACAAGACAAAUCACCAACGCAAGAUAAUUAUGAUGAAGAACAUUUACAGCAUCCUCCAAUGUAA